GAAACCUCAGCAUUGAAUUUUUUUUUCAUUUUUGGAUAAACAGGAAGGAGACGGAGAGGGAGUAUCGACGGUGAUGGAGAUGCGAGACAUCGAUGACCUCCCAAAGAACGCCGCCAACUACAUGGCUUUGACGCCGUUGUGGUUCUUGGAACGAGCCGCCACGGUUCAUCCCACCAGAAAAGCGGUGAUCCAUGGAUCUCGAACGUACACGUGGCUCCAAACUUACCAGCGUUGCCGUCGCUUGGCUUCAGCUCUUUCGAAACGCUCCAUCGGCGUUGGUAGCUCGGUAGCCAUAAUUGCACCAAACGUUCCUGCUUUGUAUGAAGCUCAUUUUGGGAUUCCGAUGUCUGGUGCUGUUGUAAACACCAUCAAUAUUCGCCUAAAUGCAUCAACCAUUGCUUUCCUUUUGGGUCAUUCACAAUCCACCAUCGUCAUUGUGGAUCAAGAGUUUUUCAAUUUGGCGGAGGAUGCUUUGAGAAUCAUGAAGGAGAAAAGCCAAAGCAAUUUCACGCCUCCGCUUGUUAUUGUCAUUGCUGACGAAAGCUGCAACCCGGAAACACUUAAGUAUGCUUUGGGGCAAGGAGCCGUUGAGUAUGAGAAGUUCUUAGAAAGUGGUGACCCUGACUUUGCUUGGAAGCCUCCUCAAGAUGAGUGGCAAAGCAUUGCUUUGGGCUAUACUUCCGGCACGACAGCCAGCCCAAAAGGGGUGGUAUUACAUCACCGAGGGGCAUAUCUAAUGGCUUUGAGUAAUCCUAUUAUAUGGGAAAUGAAUGAAGGAGCUGUAUAUUUAUGGACUCUGCCCAUGUUCCAUUGUAAUGGUUGGUGUUUUCCUUGGACACUUGCUGCUGUUUGUGGAAUUAACAUAUGCCUCCGACAGGUAACAGCGAAGGGCAUAUACUCGGCCAUCGCGAAGUACAGGGUGACUCACUUCUGUGCUGCACCUGUGGUUCUCAAUUCCAUAGUUAAUGCCUCGCCUGAGGAUACCAUUCUGCCCCUCCCCCAUGUUGUUCGUGUAAUGACAGCUGGUGCAGCCCCACCCCCUUCUGUCCUUUCUGGAAUGUCCCAGAAAGGUUUCCGAGUCACCCACACUUACGGUCUCUCCGAAACCUAUGGUCCUUCUACAGUGUGUGCAUGGAAGCCUGAAUGGGACUCCCUACCUCCUGAAACUCAAGCUCGUCUAAAUGCACGUCAAGGUGUCCGAUAUGUUGGUUUAGAGUGCCUAGAUGUCAUUAGUACUCAAACUGGUCAGCCCGUACCUGCUGAUGGAAAAACCAUUGGAGAAAUAGUGUUUCGCGGUAACAUUGUGAUGAAAGGCUACUUAAAGAACCCGAAAGCAAAUGAGGAAACAUUCGCAAAUGGCUGGUUUCACUCUGGGGAUCUGGGUGUGAAAAAUCCAGAUGGAUACAUUGAAAUAAAAGAUAGGUCGAAGGACAUAAUCAUAUCGGGAGGCGAAAACAUCAGCAGCGUGGAAGUGGAAAACAAUCUCUAUUUGCACCCUGCAGUAAUGGAGGCAUCAGUGGUGGCGAGGGCGGACGAGCGGUGGGGAGAGUCACCUUGUGCUUUCGUUACCUUGAAGCCUGGGGUAGACAAAUCCGAUGAACAGCGGUUAGCUGAAGACAUAAUGAAGUUCUGCAGGUCCAAGAUGCCUGCAUACUGGGUUCCAAAAUCAGUGAUAUUUGGUCCGCUGCCAAAGACGGCCACAGGUAAGAUUCAGAAGCAUGUGCUAAGAGCCAAGGCAAAAGAGUUGGGACCCGUCAGGAUGAGUAAGUUAUAACUUGGCAAGUUCCAAAACUAAAUUAUUAGGCAUCUAAAUCUUGUUGUUAUUAACAUUAAAAAGAAGAUAAAAAAUGUAGGGGAUUCCUACUAGUAGUGUUGUAUUUUGUACUGUUUGUGUAGGCUUGUAGCAGUAUUUUAUGAAUAAAUAUUUCUGGUCAAUAAUA